AUGUAUGAACUGAUUAUUGAAGCUAAACGAACGUUUAUAAAUUUCCAAUCUAUACCAUAUGAUGAUAUGUUAUUAGACAUGCAUUAUCUUCAAAUAAAACUUGUACAACAAUCAUUAUCAUCAAUUAUUACAACGAUUCAAUUUUUUCUUGGACAUAAUAGUUUAUUUCCACAGAUUGAUGAAUUGCUUUCAAUUGUCUUUCAUUCAUCAGCAAUGAUACGAAUAAGGGGUAACUUGAAUCGAUAUUGGUUUGAAUAUCAAUUCUUUGAUGUAUUCAAUCAAAAUGAAAUUAAUAAAAGUCAUCUAGUUAAUAUUCAACAAACCUUUAAAAUAUGGUACAAUAUAACACUUUGUACAUAA